GAUCUUUCAGUUGAUUUUAUAAAUGCACCGUGAAUGAUCGAGACAAAGUUCAGUUGAAAUUUGUUACUCGUACGUGAAUCGUGAUCCAAUAAAUUCACUCUCCAGUUAAUUCGAAUCGUUUUUGCAACGGUCGUCUUGCGUGUAAUCUCGUCGGUUAAAAUGAUUUCGAUACAUCAACCGGUCCUCUCGCUACUUCUAGUGUCCAUUCUAGAAGUAUCCGCUCAGUCAGGCUACAUAUACCAAUCACCAUCAUUGUUUGGUCCAUCAUCUCCAGCACCGACAUUUGCUCCAUCAAUAAUCAGUCAAGGCCUUCUCUCUCAACCCCAGGCACGCAUUGUCACAAGCGGCAACAAAGAUCGUAGUAAUCUACAGUUCCUAAAUUUGGGUUUUCCAGUGAUAGAUAACAAUUAUCUGUCCGACACGGAAACUUACAUCGUUGACGGUCGAGUGCUGAAACAAUACUUGGUCGAAGAAAAUCAAUAUGAUGAUAUCCUUCCUCCAGACAAUGUGGGGUCAAAUCCAAUACUUCUUAAUGAUUUUGCCAACAUUUUCGAUAAAUAUUCAACAAUAAAUCAGAAUAAUCGUAGACCAAAUCCAGUGAGUCGAGGAAUAAGUCAGGAUUUCCUCCGAAUUCAAGUUAGCAAUGGACCAACGUCCCUCAUUCAACCGGUUACAAGAAAUCAUGGACCCGUCGCGCUUGGUUCAGGAUCUUUAGGAUACAUUCGACGACCGAAUGGUAGUGUCUUCCUUGGUUCUGGAUCGUUAGGAUAUAUAAGUAAUCAACAGCGCGUAAACGACGUAAAUGACGCAAGAGCACCAAAAGGCACUGCACCAGGGCCAACAAGCUUUGGAGAUAGUGUGACUCCAUUCAUCUAAAUAUGUGUUAAGUUUAAGUUGAAGUUGUGUCCUAUUUAUUUUUAGUAGAAUUUAAGAUGCAUGCUGGUUACCAAUAAAUUAAUAAAAAAAAAUAAAA